AUGGGCCAUCCCGGCCCCGAUACAGACAACCUAAACGAGAGGCCUGGCCCCCGUCAACCCCUCUGGCCUUCGCCCGUCCUUACGCCAGCCCAGGUCUGGGAGGGCCUGCGCCGCAAAGUCUGCCACGCGGACCAGUUUGGGCCGCCCAUCACCUCCUGCGUCGUUAAAAAGGAAGACAACAACGUGGUGCAUCGCCGUGUCGUCUUUGAGGGCGGCAAGGAGAUGACCGAGGUGUGCACGGAGUUGGCGCGGCGCCGGGUAGACUUCCGCCUGCAGGACGGGUCCGAGAUUGAAAACAUCCUGCCACCGGGGCCGAGCGGUGAGCUGUCUCCGACGUAUGCCUUGAAAUGGAAGUUCGCCAAUAUUGAAGAGGGGUGCGAGGAGGAGCAGAAUUUGCGAGAGGAGCAGCAAAAAUGA